ACACGAAUAAGAAAAGGAGCCUCUCUGAUUGACUGUUUCCAAGGAGACCGCUGACACCGCCGAGAACUGGGAUAAGGCUCGGUACUCUAGGACGACACCAUCAGAAUGUCGUUUUUGUUUGACUGGAUCUACAGAGGGAUUAGCAGUGUUUUACAGUUUUUAGGUUUGUACAGAAAGACAGGGAAGCUGGUAUUCUUGGGUCUAGAUAAUGCUGGUAAAACAACACUCCUGCACAUGUUGAAAGAUGACAGACUUGGACAGCACGUACCAACACUUCACCCAACCUCGGAGGAGCUGACAAUCGGUGGGAUGACAUUUACGACAUUUGAUUUGGGAGGACACGUACAAGCUCGCAGAGUUUGGAAGAACUACCUGCCAGCUGUGAAUGGCAUUGUCUUUCUUGUCGACGCCGCUGAUCAUGAAAGGCUUGCAGAAUCAAAGACUGAGCUUGAUGCUCUGCUUUCAGAUGAAACCAUAGCCAGCGUCCCGGUGUUGGUGCUGGGAAAUAAAAUCGACCGUCCGGAGGCCAUCAGCGAAGGAGCGCUGAGAGGAGCUUUUUGUGUCGAUGGUCAGGUCACAGGAAAGGGAAACAUUUCUGUGAAAGAGCAGGACGUUCGCCCGCUGGAGAUUUUCAUGUGCAGCGUUUUGAAGAAACAAGGCUACGGGGAAGGCUUUAGAUGGUUGUCGCAGUACAUCGACUGACACAAAGGAAAAAUCAGGCACGUUCACAUGAAACUCGACUGAGACUAUCAAGAAGCGACAGUUGUAAUCAUAUUUUAAUCAUAUUUUCACAUUUUAAAUCACUAUCUUUCAUCAUUUAAAUUUCUCUAUGCAAACAAAGAACUGGUUUAUUAAUGUGAGAAAGCAUGUUUAGUACCUAAUUAUAAUAUAUGAAGAACUGGAUGAUCUGCAGGAGUGUAGAUUUGUGUUCCGCCGUCCUGAAUUAUUUAUUGUUUAAACCAUCAGGUACUUGAUUUUAUAUUUAUUAGUAGGUGUAUGAUGAAGCAUAAAGCCUCGCUUAUAUCGCACUGAGUGGCUUAAAGCCUGUCUGACUUCUAACAGAGAUGGCAGGGAUUUAGAUUAGAUUAGAUUAGAUGUUUGGAACAGUUCCAUGAACAAAUACAGAAAUAAAGAGGAUUAAUUUUGAUCUGAAUUAAUCUGAUGAUACGCAACCUCUACCUCCAAAGCACAAAGCCAAAUAUGUAUGGUAAUUUCCUGGGGAUUAACAAGGAGAUAGAUUGGGGUUCAACAAAAAUAUCAUCUUUGCUGAGCACUAAACCAGAAUGACACCAAAUCCCCUUAACAAACCAAAAAGGAAGGGUACGUCUGAUAGAUUCAAGUUAAAUGUCUCAUUAGUGGCAGUCGUUUGAAUUUCUUCUGCCAUUUAUUGAGGCUUUAUUUGUCCGAUAUGUUGCUCAGAGACAACAGCAUAGGUACAAGAUCUGUUUUAAGAAUAUCAGUUGCACUUUUUGGUUGCAGAAAUCUUUAAAUGGGUUUUAAACGUUCCCACAGAGAUUAGCCAGAAUAGCUUCCUUUAUAUAAAAACACAUCAGUGAUAUUUUCUCCUUAGCCUUAAUAAGGACAAACACAGCAGGUUAUGAAGUGUUGCAAAAUGACGCAUUCUGAUCAGUGAAUGUGAUAUAAAUGUAAAUCGCAGCGACGCGCAAAAGAGCAAAGUUCAAAGGAAGCAUCUCUUCUUUUAUUAAAUGUUGCCUGACCAAAUUUUCAUUUUCAAUUUUCAUGGCAGUAAUAAUAUAAUGGCUUUCUUUUUACAUGUGCAAAAGCAAUAAAGCACAAUAAAAAAAAAAAAAUACAGAUGCAUUAAAACAUGUUUACUGCUGAAUGCUGAAUAUGUGCCCUAUCAUCCAGACAAAUAUUUGUAGGAAGAUCGUCUUUUAACACGGUCCCCCACUUGGGUAGAAGUACCAACAUUAUUUUAAAUUUGUGAAUGAGUUUCAGAAAAAAAAAACAAAAAAAAAACAAAAACAUAAAGUUUUCUUUACACAAAGAACUAGCUUUAAGCCAAAUAGUGACACCUGUAGCAGCUAGAGGACAAUUUGAAGCUCACCAUCUGUUUGUCUCGGAGUAGAUCCAAAUAAAAAUCCAACAUAAAGGUGAACUUUAGCUGUAGACAUCGUCUUCCCAAUGUUAUUAACUAAUAUGGAAAAUGAAAUGGGGCCUAAACCUGAACCCUGGAGUUCCCCUUUCAGAAAACUGGGCUUAAGUUCAUCUCUUAUACCUGAAAGGUAACUUCUAAUCCCCAUCAUUCAAACCAGUAUUAGUGUCAUGGGUAAUGAGCACAGUACCAUUGAUGAGUAGCUUGCAAUUAAUGUCUCGAAGAAAUUAUUUAUUUGUUUAUUUACAUACUGAGAAUGAAUGAAUGAUGGCAGUAAUAAUGACUUCCUCUAAAAAUGUAAGAAAGCAAUAAAGAAGAACAGCCAGCGGCAGCGUAGCAUGCAGACGAGUGUUCUCCUCUGGAUGUGAAAAUCAAAGACUGUAAUUAGUUCUCCGCCUGUUCGUCUUUUCAAUUUGUUAGUAUUAAGUGCGGCAUUAAAUGCAGCCUCCCCAUUCUGCCACUUCCUGUUAGUUAUGGUCUUUCUUUAAUUAAGCCCUGCUUUAAGUCCAAUUUAAAAGUGGCGAAAAUUUAAACAAGAGCUGGAAAUGAAUGGCUAGUAAUAUUUUGAUGUCUAAUUAGCAUUUAGCUUUAAGUGCUUCUAAUGUACUUUUUGAUUAUCUGGAAAGAUAUGAGAGUGCACUUUGGGAGACGAAUAAAGACGGUCCGUUUCAAAAAGGAUCAUUUUGUCUGUGUUCUCCAUGGAUAAGAAGGUUUCAGUUUUUGUCUUUAAAAACCAAAAGGACGAAUAUUAUGCGGCAUUUGAACAUAACAGAUUUCUGCAUCUUUUAUUAACGAGGUAAACUUUUUUUUU